AUGGAUGCACGUCCAUGGGCUGUGCUGUUCUUGAAAGCUGCGUUGCUGGUUUCUGCAGAGCUUUGCCUGCCUGAUGGAAUCCUUGCAAGCAGCAGGAGGUAUCUUCAGGAGCCCGUGGAUGGCCCUGAUGGAGUCAAUGCCACUGCACUGAGGAUGGUGGUUUACGACUGGCCCUCUGCCGAGGUUGCCACCGAGCUGACGGCUAUCCUGCUGUCAGAGGUCCUGGGCUACCAUGUAGAAAUCAAUGCUCAGAAGACGACGGGAUCAGUUGAAAGCGCUUUGCAGCUUGCCGGCUGUGUUUCCUUCGACUGCUUAGAAAGGCAGAGGCGCAGCCAUGUUGCUAUGGACAGCUGGUUAGCAGGAUUACCCGGUGAGCUCGCGAACUUUGAGCGGACGCAUCCCAACCUGGCCGCCAGAAAUUUAGGCUCCAUGGGGUACAUCGGCUCGGACACACUUUACGUGAAAGGGCCCGGCCGUGACGACGCCUACUACACGUCUGGGCUAGCACUGGAUUUCUACAAGAGUUACAACACAUCGCUGCACGAUCCUGCGAAGUUCUUCAGCAAGGUCACUGAGCUGGAUACGGCUGCAUUUGCCCCCUGCAACUCGAGCGAGCACGAGUUCACCAACGAUGCGCAGAUGAGGUUGUAUCGCGAAUGGACGGGAGACGGGGAUGGCGUGCGCGAGACUGGAGCUGGAUUCAUGGCGAACUGCGUCGACGGCUACUUCUGGCCCUCCCCAGCUUGUCGCCACAACAUCUCGGAAUGCAUUCCCUUGCUGGCCGCCGGCUUUGGAUGGAAUGUUUACGUGUUCAUGCAAUGGUCAACUUUCUUUGAGAUGCCGACAGCAAUUGGCAUCCCCAAGAGCGAGGAGCAGCGGAGAUCUCUGGUAGAAAACUUCCGGACGCUCUUCCAUUGGUGGUCACCUGAUGCAGCGUUCCUUCACUUGGACACCUCCCAGGUAGUCUUCCCACGGCACAAACGGCGUGAGUGGGAGAUGGGUCUUUAUCGGACUGGAUAUCCGGAGAACUCGAUUGUGAAGCUCGCGGCGGGUCAGCUUGCGGCCAUGGCACCUCGAGUAUACCAGUUCUUGGAGAAUUUGAGACUGGACCUCGAGGACAUGCAAAGCCUCCUGUUGGAGGUGGAACAUGGAGCUUCCUCGCGAGUUGCUGCAUGCAGCUGGGUUCGAAACAACACAGAGAUCUGGACCACUUGGAUUCCCGUGGAUACGCAGUGCCUGCCAGGAGAAGGUCUGCAAGACUCCGACGGACAGCACCUGGCCAAUCGAUCUGCCGCAGUCGGUUGCUCAUCCUGCCGUCCCGGCAACUUCUCCCAGUCGAUCUUGGAUAACGAGGGCGAAACAUACUUGUGCAAGCCCUGCCCAGCAGGCGUCCUAGGAUAA